GACGACGUCGGGACUUCCUCUCGUUCUGUACCAGUGCCCACAAUACCGUCUGCAAAGGGUCUUGUCGCUGUCUCUGUUGCUGUAUCUUUGUGGGACGAACACGUCGUAAGGGUCGAAAGUAUGCAAGUUCACAGGGCCACCUAAAGAUAUACACAAGCGUCGAAUCCUUCUGCUGGGAACGUUCUCACCUGCUCUGCGUUUACUCUUCAAACCACUGCCGUAGAUCUGCUUUAUUGAAGGGCCUGUAGCUAUUGAACGACUUGUGGGUGUCUAUCAACUGUGCAUAGGGGAUAAAUGUCGGCACCCAGUGCUCCGGGAAACCCCUCUCUGGCUGACGCCGAUACUGGUAUUCGCGUCGUUGUAACGCCUACGCAAUCCGCAUAUUUCGCUGGCGAAACAUUCUCUGUAUCUAUAACAAUCACGAAUACCCGUCCUGUACAUGCACCAUGGCCUUCCUCCGGAUCCCAGUCACAUACCCACAAACGAGCAUCCCAUAGCAUCAGCUCGGCACCUCUUGCCCGACCUCCCACUUCACCUGGAACUCCGCGGACAGCGGUCACCCCCAUCCCAGCCUUGAAACACGACACCAAGGACAGUACACCGAAGAGAAGAAGAUUAAUAGGAAAGGCGCCUGCCAACGGAACUGACGCUGGACCGGACUUCCUGGAUCAAAGCCGGAAACGGCUCUUAGCCAAGUCUUUGUCAGUUUCCCUGUCUCCCAAGGAAUUGGAGGAGAGGUUUGGACGCUCAAAUGGGGGCGCACCGCUUGCUGCGCAGAGUUCGCAUUAUUCAUCACCUUCGAACCAGCCCCCAGGUGCACUCGCACGGACGCCUACGUUGUCUAUCGCUCCAAAUCAUCCCCACGCUCGGAAGAAGUCAGUUCUGAACGGACAGUUACAUCUGAAUGAACCGCAGCAGCCACCUUCGUCCCCCACAUUGGCGUCGCCUGAUCCGUCUUCGUCCAAGCUCUCACUGUCUUUAGACACCAUCUCAGAAUCCAGCUCAACGUCUGCUCCUCAGACCCCGUCUCUACAAUCUCCGAAUCCUGGUCUUGCUUCUCUACCGAAUCAGAUCCGAAAGUCAGGGCUAUCUGUGAACGGUAACCACAGGCAUCACCGUCCUCCGCCUUUACCUCACCCAGACGCCCGGUCGUACGACCACGCAUCGCAGGCACCGAAAACCUUUCCGCAAUCAAAUAACGAACUCGUAUUAUAUUCGUAUGCGCAGCUCUCCGGGUCGCUUACAAUCACGCCCGUCCCAGGACUAAGCCCGAGCACUCCCGAUACUGCGCGCACGCUAUCCGCUCUGAGAUCGACGUUGCUGCGCCAGGGCGCCAUGGGUGGUGGAUCAAUGGACAUAACGUCUUCGAUCGACCCGCAGCAAGCCAAACAGCAUGCUCGCAAACGGUCGCAUGUCCGAUCCGCUUCGUACACAUCAGGCUUGCUGUCUAUGCUCUCCCCGACGUCGCUUCUCUCUUCUCCCAAUCCCAGCGGAGCGGAGCAAAGUCACCCAUGGUCUCGCCGACGCGGUCAAACCCCCUCUAUGUCUAGUACGCUGUCUCUGCCUGGCACGAGUAGCAGCGGAGGCGUUGGCCUGGGUUUUGGUGCCGUCAAUGAGGAAGUUGACCCAGAGACUCCGCUGCCUGUGCUGGAGGUACCGCCUUCAAUGUUAGCGGUGGAUCUCAUGCUAGGUCCCGGGGAGACUCGGACAUAUACUUACACUGUGCAGCUCCCUGAUGCGAUACCGCCCACCUACAAAGGCCGGGUUUUCAGAUUCUCAUACGAAUUCACUGUUGGGGUAUGUCGAUCUAGGGCGGCAAGCCAACAACCCUCGAGUCCUGUAGGUAGACCUGGCACGGGUGCGCAAAGUAGCAGCAGGGUCAUGAAAGUACCUGUGAGAAUCUACAAUUUCGUGUCAGUCCAGAGACCUCCGUGUCCGUACGAUCUGAUGUGGCCAGUCACUACGCGAAAUCGACACAUGUCUCUGGCGCAAGCCAAGGUAAGCGAAGAGGAUCGUAGGAUUGAGAAGGGCACAUCCAGUGGUCAUCAUACGGAUUCAGCUUCCUCGAAGUCGCGCGUGGCCGGGUCGCUCGAAGGUGUACGCGAGUAUGCUCUACGCCUUCUCUCCUCCUUCCCGGACCCACGAUCUCCCGAACUCGAAGUGGAUGGUACUCUACCUGUAGGUGCCCUUUCACCGUUCGCGGAGAGUCCUGAACGGGAGCGGGAGCCGGAGGGAUCGUUAAGAGGCUGCCGAGAGGCUGUGGAAAUCCUUACGAGGAAUCAGAAGAAAGUGUCUUAUGAUGUGAACAAGGACGGUGUGCAGGUUGCCGUCCUAACCUUCACCAAGUCCGCCUAUAGGCUUGGAGAGACGGUCCUGGGCGUAGUGGAACUCAAUAGUCCCAGUACUCGUGGCCGAGUGCUCAAGCUUUCCGCUAUGCUCGAAGCUCACGAGUCACUGCCUGCCUCUAUUGCAAUGAGUGGCAAUUCACGACAGUUACGUCGUGUGCACGCUGAACAUCAUUCAUCAUUCAUUCCUUCGAUGUUACGUACGACCUUCGCGCUGGACAUCCCACCUGAUGCUAGUCCCGCGUUCCAGGUGGACCUGGAGGAAGGCGCGGCCGCUGGCAACAGAGCAAGUGCCGGCGGUCUAGAGUGGAAGGUGCGGCUUUGUCUCCUCGUCGCUGUUGCUUCGUCCCCUUCGAAGACGGGUCAAGAGGGAAAGCUGAAGCACCUGGUCCGCGACGGGCCCAGAGGAGAAUGGGCUACAGCCUGGAGGGCGAGUCCUAGCAUCGCCCCGAUGGAGAAACUGGGUCCAUCACGGAACCAGAAUCAGACGACCGUGACCCCGGGCGGAACAAUGAUGUCAUGGGCAAGCUACUUUGCCUCCUUCGUUGGGACGGCAGGCGAGACUGGGUAUCACGACGGAGACGAGGUGGUAGACGACGAGGUCGCCGUGGAAGAAACACAGGAUACGGGCGCCGUCGUGGAGGACAAAUGGCAGGAGCUUAAGGUAGAGACGGUGGAAUGCGAGGUCCCGAUAAAGGUCUGGCCUGGGAACACCGCGUUCAAGGCGAUGGAAGUGGUCUUUGACGUGUGA